CAACUCAGAAGAAAAACAAGUCAUAACUAAGUAUGGUCCAGUGGUUGAUGACUCGCUUUGUUGGUCGAAAUCAUCGAUCAAAUGAUUUUCACUGUGUUUCUAACACUAUAAACAUUUUAAGUGAGAAGAAAAUCCAAAAUUUUGGAGUUCCUAGGGUUAGACUGAGUUCUAACGAAAGUUUUAAUCAGUUAUCAGAAAAAGAAGAAUUGGUUAUGAAGGACGAUUCGGUGUUCAAGAAAAAUAAACCGCCGAAAUACGGAGACCUUGUAACCAUCCUCAGCCUCGACGGCGGCGGAGUCCGUGGAAUCAUCGGGGGAGUCAUCCUUGCUAAUCUUGAAAAACAUCUUCAGGAAAUUGAUAAAGACGAAACCGUGAGGCUAGCCGAUUAUUUCGAUGUGAUAGCCGGGACCAGCACCGGUGGCCUCAUGACGGCCAUGUUGACUGCACCGAACCAUUCCGGCCGGCCACUCUAUGCUGCCAAAGACAUUGUCCCGUUUUACUUAGAAGAAUCUCCUAAGAUAUUUUAUGGAUCUAAAUGGUGGAAACCGUCUAUUUUAUGGCGUCUGUUUCGUCCAAAGUACGACGGAGAGUAUCUACAUACACGAUUGGGAGAGAUUCUUGGAGAGACAAGACUUGAUCAAACACUCACAAACGUUGUCAUACCUACCUUCGACAUCAAGAAACUUCAACCAACCAUCUUCUCCUCAUACCAUGCGUCGGUUGACCCUAGCAUGAACGUCAAGUUAUCAGACAUAUGCAUUGGCACAUCAGCUGCUCCAUAUUACUUACCUCCUUAUAAAUUUCCCAAAAACGAUAAGAUGAGAACGUUUAACCUCAUAGACGGUGGUGUUACCGCUAAUGACCCGACUCUGGUGGGCAUGACAGCUAUGUCUAGAAAGUCUAUAAUUAACCAUCCUGAUAUGGAUGGGUUCAAGCCGUUAGAGUAUGAUAGGUAUCUCGUGAUAUCGAUAGGGACUGGAUCGGCAAAAAGAGAGGAGUACUACAGCGCAAUAGAGGCUGCGAAAUGGGGAUUUGAAAAUUGGGCGUUCAACUGGAAGCAUAAAACGACUCCGAUAUUAGACAUUAUCUUGGAAUCAAGCCGGGACAUGGUCCAGUACCACACCUCGGUUCUGUUUCAAGCCCUAAAGUCCGAGGAUAACUACCUAAGAAUCGACGCAGAUACAUUGAAAAAGGAUGAAGUCUUUAUGGAUGACGCAAAGACGUUGAACUUAGAGAAUCUAAAGAAUAUUGGAGAGAAAUUACUAGACACAAAUGUUGUGCGUAUGAACCUCGACACUUAUACAUAUGAACCUAUUGAUAAAACCGUCAACAAUGAUCAAGAACUCAAAAGGUUUGCCAAAAUUCUCUCGGAUGAAAAGAAAUUAAGGAAUGAGAGAUUCAAGACCAUGACUGAUGAUUCGUCAAACUAAUCCUAAAAGAUCAAUAACAUAAAUGAAUGACAGAUCGAGGAUAACCCGUGUGUUUUUUUUAGUUGCGUGAAACAAUCUACUAGCACCUUUAACCCAACCAAAAACCAA